AUGUAUGCAAAUCCAGAGUGGCAGCCAUCAGAUGGAUCUCAGUCGGUGUUAUUUAAAAUUAGAUGUGAGCCUGGAUCCGCCAUAUGUGUUAGCAUUGCCCAGUUUAGUUUCCAUCCCGACGAGGAGGAAGUUCUUUUCGAUCUGGGUUCAACAUUUCGCGUAGAAUCUAUUGACCAGGAUAAGACAACUGGUAUGUACUGCAUACAUAUGGAAGCUACACGCGAGGGCUUCGAUAUAGCGGAACGGUAUAUUGAAUUGAACAGAAAACGGAUGCAAGAAAAUAGUGUUGUUCUCAUGUUUGGCAGUUUAUUAGCGAAAAUGGGGCAAUAUGACGAGUGUCAUGAGUAUUUUGUCGGCCUCGCACAAAAUCCGAGAGGUAAAGAUCUGGUUGUUAUUUAUAACAGCAUCGGACGAGCGCAUUAUCUAAGAAGUGAAUACGAGCAGGCGUUAGACAAUUAUAACGUUUCCUUUGCGUUGAUGAUUAGCACAAUUCCUGAGCGGUCAAGGAGCUCAGCUAUUGUCUUGAACAACAUAGGCUGUGUAAUGGAAGCGAAUGGCCAACCUCAAGCAGCAUUGCAAUACUAUGAAAGAGCUUUGGAAAUAAGGAAAGAUCUAUCGGAACCGAAUGAUUUAGACACUGCAGCGACCUUAAAUAACGUUGGGAAUAUCUAUUAUAAAGAUGACAAUCUGAAGACGGCUUUGACCUAUUAUUCAAUCCAGGGCAUUGAAAACUGCCAAGUUAACUGCCAGUUAACUCCCGGUUAA